CAGAGUCCGUAUAGUCUGACCAUUUAUUUUAAGUCCAUGCAAGUGAAGACAGAAUGGGGAGCUUUCAACAACUGAAACAACUGACCCGUGGUAAUGCUCUGUUCCUCAUCAUCAUACUGGGAAUUGGAGGAACCUUUCAAAAUGGCUACCACAUCACCGGAUUGAGUUCUCCCUCACCGUACAUUCAGCGCUUCAUCAACAGCAGCUGGUACGACAGAUAUGAAGAGCCUCCGCCUCCACAGACGGUCACCAUGAUCUGGUCCCUCAUCGUCUCCAUGUAUGCUGUCGGGGGUCUCUUUGGUGCCGUCAGUGUCAAACUGAUCUCUGGCAGGUUUGGAAGAAAAAAAGCGAUGAUCAGCAACAGCAUUAUUUCCAUUGCUGCAGCGGGGGUCAUGCUGGCAAGCAAACAGGCUAAAUCAUAUGAAAUGAUCAUAGUGGCAAGGAUCCUGUAUGGCUUCUCUGCAGGUUUGGGAUCCAGCACCCAUGUAAUGUACCUGGGGGAGAUUGCUCCCAUAAAGAUAAGAGGGGCAGUGACUCUAACAUCAGCCACUUUUGGCUCUCUUGGUAAAGUGUUUGGACAGUUUUUUGGAUUGAGUGAGAUCCUAGGUCGCGAGGACCUGUGGAACGUCGUCCUCUGUGUCCCUGCGUUCUUCUCACUGGUUCAGGUUUUGGUGUUGCCUUUUCUCCCGGAAGCUCCUAGAUACUUAUUCAUAGAGAAAGGCGAUGAAAAGGCAUGCAAAAAAGCUCUCCAGAGUCUGUGGGGUCAGGGUGACUACGAACAGGAGAUGGACGAGAUGUUGGCGGAGCAGGCAGCCAUCGAUGCAGCGCCACCAAAGACCCCUCUGCAGCUGCUAAGGGACAGGACCGUCCGAUGGCAGCUUCUCACCAUGUCCAUCAUCUUCUGGUCCAACCAGCUGUCGGGCAUGUCUACGAUCAGUACUUUCUCUUUUGACAUAUUCCUGAAGGCAGGCCUACCGAGAGACCAAAUCCGCUACGUAACUCUUUGUCUCGGAGUGUUUGAAAUCAUCACCUCCAUCACCUGUGGCCUAUUGAUGAUUGAGCACAUUGGGAGGAGGCCGUUGUUCUGGGGCGGUUAUGGUGUCAUGGGUGCCAGCUUGGUGUUUGUCACUGUAACGCUCAACCUGAAGGAUUCCAGCGAGUGGGUUCCAUACAUCACGGCUAGUUUGAUCAUCCUCUUCAUCAUCUUCUUUUGCGGAGGACCUGGGGGAACCACAGGUACUCUCCUCAGUGAGCUCUUCAUCCAGAGCGACCGAAUGGCAGCUUUUGUCCUCAUUGGGUCCCAACGCUGGUUUUUCUUUGCUUUGCUGGGACUAGUCUUUCCAUUCCUUAUUGACGCCCUGGACUCGUACUGCUUCGUGCUGUUCGCCUGCAUGUGCCUGCUGGCUUCUCUCUACACCUUCUUCCUCCUGCCGGAGACUAAAGGGAAGACCCUGCUGGAGAUCUCAGAGGAGUUUCAAUCCAUCACCGUCUGCGGGAAAUCCUUCUCAGAUGAAAUAAAGGCAGCGACCAGGCGAUGAGUCAAGAAACUGUGACAACAAGGACAUUAUUUAAGCUUAUUUAUACCCUUUUUUGAAAUCCAUAAGCUAGAUUUAUUUUGCCACUGAAAUGCCAGGCUAAAAUGGUUUAUUAUGAAAUAUUGUAUGAAUUGUUUCCUAUCAGCAUUUGCUGUUGAUACAGUAGCAUGUCAUCAAGCUGCAAGUAUUAUCCAAAAGAUUUAAUUACGUGCCCAUUUCCAAAGAUUUAAAAAAGGUGCUGGGGCGCAUCUCCAAAUGAUUCAUUCUUUCCUAUUCCAUACUCCUCAAAAUUAUCCCAAAUAAACAGUCUCAUCAUACAAUUACAACAGCUUGAAAAAGCUAAUUGAUUUGUUCAUUUCUACUUCACUCAAUCAGGACAAGUUAAAGAUGAGUUUAAGAUUAAUAACUUUACUGAUAUUACUGUAUUUUAAAACUGCAAAAAGAGAGCCAUCACUUCUAAAUAACUGAAACUGUUGUUGUGUUGGGUACCCGUUCCUGAUGAAACUGCACCUGCAGCUGCACUCUGUUUGUCACUGUGAGGUCAGUCGU